AUGACGCCGGCAAAGAUUGAGGGCGCGGUGCCCAAAAAGGUGUACAUGCAUUAUGAGGAAGGAGAGGAAGCUCAAUCUCUAACACUUAAGAUGACUCUUCCAUCAAAAUGGGCGGGCCACACUGUGGACUACCUUAAGGAGUUUUUUGUGGAACACUACAAUAACAAGAAGCCAGAUAACAUCUUAGAUAGUGCAAAGGUGCAUUUGGAGAAGCAAGGCAAGACGCUGCUGUUUGGUGACGAGCUGCUGCAUACGGCCGUGCAGAAGUACGACGACCUGUUUCUUAAGGUUGGCGCCUCAACACUCAAACCUGUGCGGGUGAUGGAGAGUGUGGCGCCCGCUUUGUCUGACAAGAGAUAUCUGCAGUGCAAGAACCACGGUUGCCAGAAGAAAUUCUUGGAGGAGGAAAACAAUGACCAGGCUUGUCGUUGUCAUAGUUUGCCACCGCUGUUUCACGACAUGAAGAAGGGCUGGCAAUGCUGUUCGUCAAAAAUGGUGUACGACUGGGACGACUUUGAGAAAAUCGAGCCAUGCAUCAUCUGCCGCCAUUCCACGGUUGGACCUAACGAGCAGUUUGCAGCAUCGCCUACAGUGUCAGCGGCAGAGAAUGCCGCGGCAAGCUCUGCAGGCGUUGCUACUUCACAAACAGCGGCUCCGCUCAAAUCGAUUGACGACUACAACCAGAAGAACCCGGGCGCGGUGACAGCCGUUUCUGCAGCUAAGGAGAGCCAGAAGACGGCACCUCCAAAACGUAGUGAUGGCAAGGCAAAAUGUGUCAACUUUGGCUGUCAGGAGGAGUACUUGGUGGCGGAAAACAACGAUACUUUGUGUCGACACCACGCUGGCGCACCCGUUUUCCACGACGCCAGCAAGUACUGGAGCUGCUGCCCGAAGGACGUCAAGUACGACUUUGACUCGUUCCUCAAGGUGCCUGGCUGUGUCGUGUCCGCGCACACGGAUGUGAAGACGGUUUAA